AGAGACAGGGCAGCAGCGCCCCUAUUCGGGGAGCGACGGGGGCGCCCGCAAAGUUGCGCAUGCCCACUCCUCCCCCUCGCCCCUCCACAGGAAGCCUGGGAGCCUUACUGCGCAAGCGCCACAGGCCCAGCUGACUCCUCCCUCAAGGGCGGGCAGAAGCAGGGCUCAAAAUGGCGGCCGGCCGCUACCGGCGUUUUCUUAAACUCUGUGAGGAAUGGCCUGUGGACGACACCAAACGGGGCCGAGACUUGGGCGCUUACCUUCGGCAGCGGGUAGCACAGGCAUUUCGGGAGGGAGAGAACACCCAGAUUGCAGAGCCUGAGGCCUGCGAGCAGAUGUACCAGAGUUUAGCACGAAUCCAUUCAAACUAUUACAAACACAAGUACCCUCGCCCCAGAGACACCAGCUUCAGUGGCCUGUCACUGGAAGAGUACAAACUGAUCCUCUCCACAGACACCCUGGGAGAAUUCAAGGAAAUGAAUAAAGGCAUAUGGAAGAAACUACAGGAGAAGUUCACCUCCAGGAGUCCUGAGGAGAAGCAUAAGGCCUGGGCACAGGCUUUAUCUCGCCCUCGAACCUAAGCAUGGAGUCUUGUAUGUUGCCAUCAUAAAUAAAACUGCCCUGGUUCCCCUCACUUCUUGGGGGUCUCAUCUAGCCUCCACAGAGAGGAUACCCUAUGGUUCCGGAGAAACUUUCAGCCUAAGGGGGAUGCCCUUGAGCAUCUGCCCCGCCCAUGGUCAGGGUCAGGGUAGGGAGGUGUCUGGGAAAGAGGAAAC